AUGUAUUCAACAAUAAUAGACAACAAUGCAGCUUUGGCGUCGGAUCUCUGCAUCAACAGCCUUUUCACUGUCGUUGUAGCGCAAUAUGGCAACAAUCUGGCCAUUAACUUCGAAAAUGUGGAUAGACUGACCUAUAGACAGGUAAGUAAAUAUGUUGACUUCCUCGCUGACGAACUCAAAUAUCAUAUUUCGCAUGGACAACUCGUCGCCGUCCUUCUUCCACGAUCACCGGCCCAAGUGAUCGCCAUCCUAGCCAUUCUCAAACUGGGCGCUAUUUAUGUUCCAAUCAAUCCAGAGCUACCCAAAGCCCGGAUUGGGAGCUUGAUAUCUUCGGUGCCGAUUGAAAUUGCCAUUUGCCUUGCGGAAACUGAACAUCAAUUGCCGCACAAAGUACUGCCAUUGACGCUCAGCGGCAAAUAUGGACAUGAAUCCAGGCUGAAAUUCCCCAACAGCCACCGGGACACAAAGAAUUGCCUACGAAUUACAACAGACGACCUUGCAACAAUUCUGUUUACUUCGGGUAGCACAGGGCAGCCCAAGGCCGUCAAGCUAACACACAAGAAUUUGAUUCCACAAGCUAAAUUCUUGGCGAGAGAGUUGGGUCUUGAUAGUUCAAGAUCAGUAUUCCAGUUCUCAUCUUGUUCUUUUGACGUUCAUCUCCUUGACAUUCUGUCGGCUCUCCUCUCAGGAGCACAGCUCCAUCAAGCGUCUCAGAGCGCUAUUUUAUCAGAUCUUGAAGGACAAAUUAUGAGCUUCAACUCAGACACUAUUCAAUUAACCCCGAGUGUGAUCUCGACACUGCAGCCACACAACGUUCCAUCCAUCAGAUGCAUGGUGACUUGUGGAGAGGCGUGUACGGAAGAGAUUGUCAACACCUGGGGUAACCGAAUAGUAUUAUUAAAUAUAUACGGCCCUUGUGAAGCUCCUACGACGAGCACUAAAAGGCUACGACCGGGAACCUCACCCAGUUGUGUUGGAAAACCUCCGUCAUAUGCAAAUAUUGCUGUGGUCAACGAGAAAGGACAAUCUCUUCCCCCAAACCAUGUUGGCGAAGUACUAGCAUAUGGCGAGACUGUCUCCCAAGGAUACUUCAAUGGCGAGGUUCAGGAGAAAUUUACGCGCACAGUACGUUCUACAACGGGCGCGACACAAUCAAGUGGAUGGUAUGCAACUGGGGAUUUCGGGCUGAUCGAUGAGAUUGGAGAGCUGCACCUGCGCGGAAGAGCGGAUGACCAAAUAAAAAUUAGUGGACAGCGCAUCGAACUUGGAGAUAUUCAUCAGGUCAUCCAUGGGAUCCCCGGCUGCGGACGUUGUGUGGUACUUGCUCAUACUGUUAACCAGCGUGCUGGUCUCUAUGCAGUAGUAUCCACCGAUCCUGGAUUUGGCCAGCCAGGAAACACGAUUGUGAUAGCAGAUGGACAUGGCAAUCUUAGAAAGGAGAUCUUUGCUUCUUGCAGAGCCAACUUACCUGCUUAUAUGGUCCCACAAGUCAUAAUUGUCAAGUCGCUCCCUCGGAAUGUCAACGGCAAGGUCGACGUUAGCCAAAUUCGGACCUUCUUGAGCUCUCGUCAUACUUUGGACGAAAUGAGGCUUGACAAGUCGGAGCAACUGUCGGAAUAUGGCCACCAAGUCGCCAGUAUCAUCCGGAAGCGACUGCAACAGCUUGUUCCUUCAAAGGACGACCUCCUAGAAUGGGGAUUUAAUUCUAUGGACGCUGUCUGGGUUAUCAAGGAAUUGCAUGAAAAGACUGGCCACCGAGUUUCGAUCACCGAGCUGCUAAGCCACCCCACGAUUGAGUCGAUUGCAAACCAGAUAGAAUCAGUUUCUGUGGUCCGCACCUCUCACGCCAGGGAGCCUACGCCUAUGCCAAGGGAUUGGUAUGUUGCUUCACCAGGACAACAUAGUCUAUUCCGAGCCACAAAGGUUUUCGGGAACAAGGUGUACACCUGCAAAAUUGCCUAUGAGAUUGCGGGAAGCUUAGAUCCGAGUCGAUUUUUGGAUUGCCUUACGGAAAAAUAUGCCCAGCAUGCGAUAUUCAACACGUCUUUUGUGGAAGACGAAACAGGCUUUAAAGAAGGAAAUAUCGUUGCUCGAGUGAAGCCAGAUACUUACAACAGACCUCGUGUGUCAUUCUUUGCCUUCGAACAGUCGCGUCGUACUCAUUCUUCUGCUACAUCGACUGGCGUUUCUUUGCUGGAGGCUGUAUAUGACUGGGAAAUGAGCCAAGAAACAGACUUGGACAUUGAAGAAGGACCCGUUGCAAGCGCUGCUCUUUAUCAGACUGAUAAAGACGCCAAUCAAUGGCUUGUAAUACUAACGUUUCACCAUAUGGUGAUUGACGAGUAUUCGAGCAAUACCUUCUGGUCUGAACUCAUAGAUCUGUAUCAAGCAAAAAACCCCACAGCCAUGAUAACUCCGACCAAACGAAUAGACUAUAGCCAGUACGCCACCAUCUACCGAGCCAUACUCGAGUCGCGUGGGACUUCCGAUGGCGACUGGUGGCGCGAUGUGUUUCGAGGCUACCGGCCGCAGCCGCUGUUUCAAGAUGCCAUCGGAAAUCACAGCGAACGUUUAUCCGGAUACGAUGUCGCAGCAGACAUUUACUGGAAAACAUUGCCUCAAAGGGAGGCUACUAGACUGACAGCGCGAAGGGGAAACGCCGCCAAUACUUUUGGUGCCUGGCUGUCACUUGCGCAGCUAUUUCUUUCUCGGGUGACGGGAAAAACGGAAUACUUGCUCGGUGUCCCAACAUCAACUCGGUCGGUUGAUCCUCGCUUUGUUAGUGUUAUGGGAUAUUGUAUGACACUUGCAGUUCUCCCUGUCUCUCUCGAUUUGGACCAAGACAGUCUGGUAUUCGAGGCAGCCACGCUGGAAAAGUAUCGCCAAUGCGUCACCCACGAUCAGCGAGUUGAAGACAUCUUGAGUUGGCUUGUAGAGGAGAAUCAGACAGAAAAUACUGCCAACGUAGACGCACUGUUCGUUUAUCACGACCCGUUGGAUUCGUCUCUUGACCUGGGAAAUUCAGGGCUUCACUACAAGAAACUUGCCGAUGCGACUGGUGGGAGCCACUAUCAUCUUAUCCUGCAUUUGGAUAACUCAGGGCCCUCUAUUAGGGUCGGAUUUGAAUACCGAACAGAGUCAUUCAGCACAAAGUUCAUUGAAGCUUUGGCACAGGCCUUUACAGAGUUGGUGGUUGAGUUGUCAUGCAGCGAUGAGCAGCGCUCAGUCGGGGAAAUUGUCUCAACAGCGCCGUCUCAGGCUCUUCAAUUUGCAGUGGAAGCUUCAACAAGACAAGCUGGGCCCGUGCUACAAGAGCUCAGAAGACGAGGCGAAAAUCUCAACAUCAUGGACCAUAUUUACAUGACCGCGUCAGUAAACCAAAACGCAAUUGCAAUUGCGACAGCUGAGCGGAAUGUGACUUAUCGGCAACUUCUUGAGCUGGUAUCAGGAGUCGCAAGCAAGCUGCGCCGAGAAGGAGUCAAGACUGGCGACGUUGUUGUCUUAUUUAUGGAUAAGAGUGUCGAAUACUUGGUUUCCGUACUUGCUCUCAUUCGUAUCGGUGCUUGCUUUGUCCCCCUCGAUAUUACGAGCACACUGGCCGUGAAUAACUCAAAGCUGGCCGUCCUUGCCCCUACACUGAUACUUACUCGUCGACAUGUUGACCAGCUUCAUCACAAUGUCCACGAAGCAAAGACAUCCACAACAGAGCUGUCAGCUGAUGCAUACAUUGCUUUUACUUCUGGCUCUACGGCUGAACCAAAAUGCUUUCGCAUAUCACAUCGCGCCCUGGCAUCCUCUAUCUGCAGCCAAGUUGAGGCUCUUAAUAUCUCAACCGGACAUAGGGUGGCUAUGCUGACUAGCCUUGCGUUUGAUGUUUCUUUAAUGGAGAUAUUCUGUACCUUUGUUGCGGGUUCGACACUUGUUGUGGCUCCACACGAUCAAUUCAUUACUUCACUGGCAGAUACGCUGAGGAAUAUGGCUGUAACUCACGCGAUCGCCACGCCGACGAUGCUUGCUGCCAUUGAUUCACCAUCAGAAGUCCCCUCGUUAGAGUCUAUCAUCCUUGGAGGAGAACCGAUCCCAAGUGUUUUGUACGAACGAUGGUGGGGGAAUGUGGACAUUCGAAUCUCGUAUGGGCCGGCUGAAACAACGAUUGCUACCCACGACUUCAUCGUUACAACCAAGCCGACCACCAAUUCUUGCAAUAUCGGCAGACCGUCCCCAUCCGUGCGGGCCUUUGUUCUAAAUGCACAACACAACCCUGUUCUUCCUGGUAUUCCAGGGCGUUUAUUCAUUGGGGCAGCGGAAGAUGGUAAAUAUGAUCAGCUAACUUCUGGUUAUAUCUCGCCGCUCUCUGCUAAUAAGCGUCUGGUGGACCAUCCAAAAUUGGGCAGGCUCUAUGACACUGGUGACAUCGUACGAUACGACCUCCAAGGGGCUUUCACCCUUAUCGGUCGUACUGAUGACCAGGUUAAGAUAUCCGGAGUUCGAUUCAAUAUUGGCGAUGUUGAAAAGACCAUCGAUGUGUUCGUGGGUGCUCGACGGAGAUGUGCAGUGGUUAUCUCUGAGACUCAGCCUGGCAAUAAAGCUCUAACAUGCUUCAUCGAGUUUUCUGACACAGAUGGUUCGAUUACAAACCCACCGGAGCGCCACGCUACAACAGCCUCUAUCAUCCUGUUGCUCAACAAUGCGCGACGAGAAGAAUUGGCCGCACUGCGUGAUCGGGUGUCUGAAGCGCUUCCAACUGCUAUGAUCCCCAGAUACUGGAUCCCAGUCAAGGAAUUGCCCGUGUCUCGUACGGGAAAGAUUGAUAGGCGGCGAUUAAAUGAGGAAUUGGCAUCCGCUCAUCGCCACGGCACAAACAUUGAAGCAUACAGCAGCCUCGUCGCCCAAAUUUCUCAUCUCCAUGAAGCUAGAGAUGACGAGGAAGUCAUUAAGAGCUCUCGAAGCCUACAAUAUCCAGCUAGCGGACCUGUUUCAUCCUACAGAGAGAGACUGAACGAUGAAUUAAUGCAAUCCCUCAUCAUCGCCUGGACGGAGAUUUUACCUAUCGAUGAGGCACAAGUUGACAUUCAUAGGUCAUUCUUCAAGACGGGCGGCGAUAGCGUGUCGGCUAUUCGUUUCUGUGCCCGAGCGCGGAAAUUAGGCAUUCGAGGUUGUACUGUGGCGAAGAUGCGAUCCAAUCCCAGCCUCUCACAACUUCACGAUGUCCUUGCUUAUGAUAACUCUUCUCUGCUGUCAAACGUGCUAUCAUCGGAUGACGAACCGACAGAUGAAGCUUCCGGUCUCACGCCGCCCUCUUCGAUGCCCUCUACGCCAACAAGUUCAGGAUCCUCAUUUGUGAAAUUGCCUGGAGCUACCGAAUUCACUGCUCUCAGUAUAUCCGGACAAUCUGUCUCCACUACUGAUGUUGAUGAUGAAGAAUUUACUGGCAUAUUUCGACACGUGGAAUCCUUUAUGAAUACCUUAGAACUAUCACAAGAGAUUGCGGCAGCAGGUAUCAACGAGAGCGAGGUGGACGUUGUAUAUCCGCCUACUGCCAUGCAGUCAUCCAUGGUUCAGCAGUCUUUACUAGACUCCAAUUCAGGCGUAUACCAUAGUCAACUUAUCCUCCACCUCGAAGGACCAGUACAAGAGAUGAAAUUGAGAAAAGCAUGGAGUGCAGUAUGCAAUGCAAAUCCUUCACUCCGCACCAUUUUUGUGCCCUUGGAACGUGGUCAUGUACCCGGAGUGGCAUAUUUGGCGGUGGAGCUGAAGCAAAACGCACGCAUUCCUUUGUUCGAAAGCCGUCAGCUUCCCCUCCCGUCAUCGGAAAUGUUUGAGGACCUCCUGGAUCAUGAUAGAAAAGUAGGAAUCGGAGCCACUACGAAUAUCCACAAAAUGACCCUAGUUGAGAGAGGUCCUUGCGAGUAUACACUUAUCUUUACAUGUCACCACGCUGUUUUCGAUGGUUGGAGCACAACUACUCUGUUGAAGCAGCUUGGCGAGGCCUAUUCGGGAACCUUGCCGCUGAAAACCAGCAGAUCGAAUGCUGAAUACUUCACGCAGCAAUUGACGCGUGAUAGGGGUGCGUCUGAGGACCUAUGGAGACAAUACCUUGCAGGGGUUCAGUUGCCACAGCUUCCACAGCGAGAACACGUUAUGGAAAGGCCGUCACACAAAAGGAUAGAAGCGGCUCUUCAAACUGCUAUUUUGAGCAGUGAGUUUCAAGCACGCGCUGAAGCUUUUGGUGUGACCCCUUUUACUAUCGUACAAUUGGCCUUUGCGCUUGCUCUUGAAGGCUCUUGGAUUGGUCACAGGCCGUCUACUCGUGUCGGAUUCUGGACGGUCACCAGCGGAAGAUCACAAAUAGUAGACGAUAUCAACGCUAUUGGAAACUUCUUGAACACAAUUCCAUGCGUUGUGGCUCUUUCCUCGACUACUAGCGUCCAUAAAAGCCUCCAAGCUACGUAUAGAAUGUUCACCAAAAUGUCAGAGCACGAUUGUGUUUCUACAACAGACAUUUUGCGCUGUUUCGAAAAGCCCGAAUGCGACAUCGACGCUCUCCUGGUGUUUGAGAAUCACCCAGAUGCUAGCGAGCCACAACUCCACUUCGGCAGCAACAUUCGGCUUAAUUCAGUGGAUGGACGAGAAGUAUCGAGUCUUCCAUUCGUUGUUGUUGUCGAGCCUGGACAGACUGAAGUCAAGAUUAUUGCCAAGUUUGAUGAAGCACGACAUCACUCUGGCUCAGUUAGACGAGUUCUUGAUCGUUUCUCCACCAUAUUGAGCAACAUUGUUUCACAUCCGACUCUCGAUGAAUGCAGCCUGUCUAGUAUAAGCUGCGAUUAUCACUAUUCAGAGAAGCAGUUGGUCUUACAACAAGCAGUGAAUUUGAGCCAGCAGUCUGGACCGCAGGAGACCCUGGUGUCACUUUUUCGCCAGUGUGUUGCUAAACAUGGACAACGCAAAGCUUUAGCAACUCACUCGUCAUGGUUGACCUUUGCGGAGUUGGAUGAUCUUACCGACCGACUGGCUAUCUACCUCUCACGUCAAGACGAUAGCAAUUCCAAAAUUGUUCCGAUUGUUCUUGAGAAGAGUCCAUGGAUGGUCAUUGCCAUGCUUGCAGUCUUGAAGAGUGGGCGUGCCUACUGCCCACUUGAGUUCGACGCACCAAGCCACCGGAUAUCUUUCGCAAUUAAGAGGCUCGGAGCAGGCCUAAUAAUCACAAACGAGAACGGUUUCCCAAAGUUGGCGAGCCUAUCCGCCUGGGGUCAUCCACAAAUACUCGUGAUUGACAACAUCCAAACUCUGCUGGCUAACGCUGAGACUCGUACUUCUAAAGAUGCGGUAUCCUUGCUGCCUACAUUACAUCCUGAUAUGGCAUGUUACGUUAUGUUCACAUCUGGAAGCACUAGUAGCCCAAAGGCGUGUACACUCACACACGGUGCUGUCGCCAGCGCAGUUCAAGCGGUUCAGCUACUGUAUAACUUUGAACCAUCGUCUCGCAUCCUGUUAUUUGCAAACUAUGUCUUUGACGCUAGCGCGAUCGAUAUCUGGGGCUCUCUCUCUUCCGGUUCUUGUCUCUUUCUUCUCCACGACGAUGAACUGAAAUCGGACCUCAUUGGGCACAUAGACCGUCUCCGGAUUAAUUGGAUUCAUCUCACUCCAACAGUCCUCCGAACUGUAUCACCGGAUCAAGUCCCCAGCCUCAAGACUAUCAUCCUUGGAGGAGAAAUGAUGGUUCCAGAUCUUCUUAAUAUCUGGGCGAAGCAAGUUGAUAUCGUUGCUGCAUACGGUCCAACAGAAGCGGCAAUCCAAGUCCUCACUUUCCGCCCGAGUCGUUACCCUAUCGACGAAAUUACCUAUACAGCUCUUCCAGGAAACUUGGUAGUGGUUGUCAACGAACGCCGCGAAAUCUGCCAUAUCAAUGAACCUGGUGAGAUUGUGAUUGCAGGGAAACAGCUUUUCGUCGGGUAUGAAGGCAAUAGCCUUGCCACCCAGGCGGCUCUUACGACGGUCCAUGGAUUUGGUGACUUCAAAUUCUACAAAACAGGAGAUCGCGCCUAUUAUUCUCAUAUAGGGGAAGAUGGGAAGCCACAUAUACGCAUCCUUGGCCGCGUAGACCAUCAAAUGAAGGUUUCGGGCAUGAGAAUAGCGCCUGAAGAAAUUGAGGAAGUUCUGAACGCAGACCCGGAUGUUGUAUGUUCUGCUGUUGUCGCGAGCUAUGGGAGAUCUAUAGACGCGCUGGUCGUUGGCCGGGACAAUAAUCUCAAUGUGAACCGGCUCAUGACUUUGUGUCGAGAAAGGCUCCCCGAACGGUUACGCCCAGUUAUCCACCAAGUGAAAGAGAUCCCUCUCUUAGCAAGCCGCAAAGUUGAUCGAAAAAGACUGUCAACACUUCUGGAUAAUGUUAUUGCAUCGAAACCUGGCGGCCGUUGCUCAAGCAAUGUGUCUCAAAAUGAUUCAGCAAAGAUAUCCGCAGUUACUGCGAUUAUUGAGAAUGUUCUUGGGACAAAGGUGCUCGAUGUAAACGCGCCAUUGGCAAACUUGGGCUUGGAUUCACUCGGUUUUAUGCGACUUAAGCAUUCACUAUGUACCAAGUUUCAUCUUCCUGAUUUAACAUAUCGUCAGCUACGCAACAUCGCUACGGCGGCCGGAAUCGCUGAUCUGGUUGGCACGGCUUCACCGUCGGCCGUCUCAUCUGACCACGACGUUGUCAGUGUGGCUUCAGAUGUGGAAAAUGUGUCGCCGACCCGGGCCUUGGAUGAAAAGUCUACGAAGACACCUAUCAGGCGUACUGGUAGACUUUUGGCCCUUCCGAGUCAAUUGGCUAUGUGGGUAGCUCAGGAACGCUUACAAGAUACGACGUACAAUGUUCAGCGCGUAUGGCGCUUCGAAGAUGUCACUGCAGACGCCCUGUUGUCUGGACUCCUAGACGUUAUCCACCGCCUUGAGAUGUUCAGGACGACAUUCGAGUUUGAUCUCUCUGCAGGGAAGCUGUACCAAGUCGUUCAUGAUAAGACUCUCGUUGCGGUACAAAUUUCUCGGAUUUCACAUAUCGAUAUAGACGACUUGCGAGCAAGGUUUAUACCACAUAACUGUGCAACAAUUGACCUAAGACAUGGUCCUCUGGCCAUAUUCCAUCUCAUCGCUGAUGGCAGGACUACUGUCCUUCACUCAACAAUACACCACAUUAUUGUGGAUGAGUUUACUAGCAUCCAGCUAUUUAAUCUCAUCCGAUGCGCCGGUAGAGGCAGUUCCGACCCGUGUGCUUUUGAAGGCACUUCUUCCAUCGCUCUCCAUGCUGCUCAAACAACAAACUGCCACGACGAAAGCCACCUUAGCGAAUGGAAACAGCGGAUGUCCGGAGCAAUAGGAAUUGAUACGGAAUCUCACUAUGAGGGCUCUUACGAUCAACUAAGGAGCGUAUUGGGCAACCUCACUCAUACAGCGUUCCUACGCAGUCGGCUAGGUAGUGAAGAUUCACUUGAGGACUUCACAAAGCAGAUCCGCGAAGGAGUGGAUUUUGCCUUGGAGUCAGACAUGGCCAUCAACAAGGUGGCUUCUGCUUGUGGCCUGGACACAGCCAAUUUCAUGAUUCAAUUUAUCAUGCACGAUGCUCAGUCAUAUGAUGAUAUGUCAUCCGAUAUGACUGAUAUGACUUUGGACCUCAUCACCUCAGAAAAACCAAUGUUUGACCUUAUGUGGCAUGUUUUCGCUCACAAAGAUUGUUUGGAUGUCUUGGUUGAAUUCAAUGAGCAGAAGUAUGCCAAAGACGAUAUUAAAAUUCUGGUACAGGCGUGGGAGAAAGUCAUCGACAAGAGCAAUUGCCAGGGUGGUCAAUCGAUAUCUUCGAUAUUAUCUACCAUAAUUCCCGAGGACUCACUUUUCAAGAAAACUGAUUCCAACACAAAGUUGACAAAGCAAGCAUGCGAGCUUCAAGUCCCACCUCCUUCGGAUCUUACAUCAAGCCACGAACAUAGAGCCAUUUCAACGCCCAUCGACAUCUCUGGUGGGCUCAAUCAGCGCGCUAUAGAGCUGCAGUCACUCGUCACAGAUUCGCUAUGUAGAGCUUUAGGCGUUACAGUUGUCGACCUCGAUCAAAACCUCCGCGAAAUUGGUCUCGAUUCAUUCGCUGCAAUGUCAUUUAUCGCCAGCAUACUUCGCGUCGAGCCAGAGUUGGAAAUCAGCCUGAGAGACAUUACUGCAUGCCCAUCUGUUCGACUGCUAGUUGACACUCUCGUCCAAAAGGAUGGCCCACAGUCCAAGUAUGAUGAAGCCAGAGCGAGAUUUGAGUCAUUAAUAAGAGAGUCUUUAUGCAAAUCUUUGGGCAUCGCGUCGAUUGACGGCCAAAGCAGCUUGCGUGAACUUGGCCUAGAUUCUUUUUCAUGUAUGGCAUUCAUGGCCUAUAUGAUUAGGCACGAGCCAGAUAUCAGUGUCAGCAUGCGCGACGUUAUGAGCUGCCCUACGAUGGAAUUACUUGUGGAACAUUUCGCUCAUAGAGCUUUGUCAGAGACUUGCGACAACAAGUCUGACGACGGAAGCUAUGUGGCAUUGGGAAAAGACAUGCUCCAACGUCCACAACACGGUUUGGCAAGCUCAAUGCAAAAAAGAUUCUAUCUACUCCAGGAACAGCUCGGAGACUCAACUUACAGUCUGCCAAGUGCAUAUCGUGUUCAUGGUGUCCAUUUAUCUCGCGUUAUUGCGGCUCUCCAAGAUAUUGUGACUGAGCACGACAUUUUCAGAACACAUUUUGAUUUCACAGAUGAAAGUGAACUACUGCAAAUCGUUGAUGAAACAGAGUGCUUGGAAUAUACCAUCCAUGAUAUUAGCAGCCAUAGCGAUGUGACAGCCGCUGAAGAGGUUACGAGGAUUAGCCACGAAGAAUGCAUGCGCGAGUUCAACCUUGCCGAAGGUCAUCUUGUGCGAUGCACUGCUAUUAUUCUCCCUAACGGUGAACAGUAUAUAAUCAUCAAUUUUCACCAUUGUGUCGCCGAUGAACGAACCAUCACCGGCGUUUGGGAAGAGCUGUGUUCUGCUGUGACAGACAAGUCUUGUUCCAAGGAGACGGCUAACGUCGACGCUGGUUCGUACAUCGACUUUUCCACUCGACACCACGAGAUGCUCAAAUCCAACAAGCUUGCAGAAGCUCAAACAUUCUUCCAGAAUUUGCUAGUUGGUCCUGAAAACUCGCAUGGGUUAUUUCUGAGACCAGGACCAGAGACAGAGAGCUAUCCCGAUGCUAUUACAAUCAACCGCAGCACGAUUUUCGACUACGAUCCAGUGCAGUGGGCUUACAAGUCGGGAUCGACUCCUUUUGCUGCUUAUCUGUUUACUUUCCAACUUCUUCUCAGUUUCAAGUCAGGCACCGAAGGGUCAUCAGUUUUGAUCCCCGCCACUUGCCGAGGGCCUCGGGAGCAGAACUUGUACGGAUGCUUCAUUAACACGCUUCCAGUGAGAUUCACAAAACUGGCGGGCACAUGCUCCAUGACCGAAACUCUGCGAGACUUUCAGGAUUGCCUCGCCAAGGUUCUUGAGUACUCCAGUAUCCCAUUUGAGAGACUUUUGGAGUCCAUAGGCUGGGGUGCCAACGACUUCGAUACGAUCUUCACGUAUCAUAAUGUACCGGUUGGAGCACGAGAAAAAGCCAGAACUGUUGAACCUUGCAAGGGAAUUCUCCCAGAAGUACUACCUGGUCUCUCUGCAAAAUUCCCGUUGGCUUUCACCAUCACAAGAGAAAUGACAAAAGAUGGGAAGUCAAAGUUGGACAUGAGCGUUGAGUUCAAUCCGGAUCGCAUCUCAGAAGUCGAAGUCUUGGAGAUAUGCAAGGAAUACGAAUGCCUCUUGCGUCAUAUCCAAAAGCUGGGAGCAUAUGCUUCCUUGAACGAUAUUGAAGGUGCUUAUACUAAUAAUAAUACCUUCAAUCAUCUUACAGUUGCCACAAAUGGAACGACUGGCGAGAGUGAAUCUCACAAAGAUACCAGCGUGACUCAGAGAGACUCUCGGUCUGAACUGCAGCCUGUCUCAAAGGUCCCUUCUUGGUUCCAUGGCAUGCCUAAUCCCAUAGUGGAAACAACCCCGUUUGCCGACGUCCAAAUCCUUGACCAAGCUAAAGCCCGGCCUUCCGCCACUGCCAUGAUUUUUGAGAAUGAAAUCUCGAUAACAUACAAGGAGAUGGUAGAUAUGAUAUCAGGCUUGGCUAGCUACCUGUCGACGCGUAUUGGCCCUCAAAAUAUGCUGAACCAAGCUAUCUGUAUUGUGGGCGAUGCGUCCAUUGAACGAAUCAUUACAAUCUUGGCGAUUAUGACGGCUGGUGGUGCUUACGUACCCAUCGAACUGAACAAUCCAAUCGACUGGAACCUCACCAUCAUAGCAGACUGUGAGCCAGCUGCUGUAGUUUUUAUCCCAGAAAAGGAACCCCUACGUGUUGAACAAGCUUCACAGCUUAGAGCUCAACUCAAGGCGAAGGGCAUACUCUGUGUUGAUAUCGAUACUCCGCUACCAAUGUCAUCGGAACCAUUCAAAUUGACCACAAAACGGCUACCGGAACAUUUAGCCUACGUCCUGUACACAAGCGGCUCUACAGGAAAACCGAAGGGAGUAGCCAUCCAAAAUCAUGCACUUCGGAAUGCUACAGUCUCAUUACGCCCGUUAUACCGUCUGGCUCCGAACAAGCGGCUCCUACAGCUGGCACCUUGGACUUUUGAUGUUUCCGUCAUUGAUAUUUUUGGCACCUUGACUGUUGGAGCGACUCUUUGUAUUGGUCGCAAGUCAUGGAUGCUGGACGAUCUUCAGGACACUAUGGCCAUGCUGAGAAUCACACACAUUGCUACUACCCCCACUAUUGCUGGCGCUCUGGAUGCAAAUGCACUUCCAGACGUUGAGUGUCUAGAUAUUGGCGGAGAGCCCAUGACAGAGCUGUGUCGAGAUGUGUGGGCUUCCAAGGCCACGCUUUUCAAUAUCUAUGGCCCUACAGAGGCCACCGUCGAUGUCCUUGGUCGACAAUGCUUCCCCGAUACGGACAUAUCAAACAUUGGCCGGCCUUUGGAGAACGUUUUCGUCUAUGUUCUUGAUGAUAAACUGAGGCAAGUCGGCAUAGGAGAGGUUGGCCAACUAGCUAUAGGAGGCCAUCAGCUUGCGCGCGGUUAUCUGAAGCCACCGGCGGGUGCCGCGGCUUUUGUAGACACAAAGGAUUAUGGACGCAUUUACCUAACUGGAGACUGUGCGCGUUUCGAACCGGACGGCAGCAUAGUUUGUCUUGGCCGUAUGGAUACUAUGGUCAAUUUGCGAGGCCUGCGAGUUGAGCUGGGAGCCAUUGAGAGUGCCGUGAACAAUGUGCUCGACCAGGGCAAAAGUGUUGUCAUCAUGGUUAAGCGGCCAUCAGGCGAUUGCCUUGUAGCCAUUUUUGCGGAUUUACAGGCCUCGGUCAAGGAUAAAUUGCCAGCAUAUUUUAUGCCCUCUUUAUGGGUUCCGGUCAACGAUAUCCCGAUGAAUAACAAUGGAAAACUGGACAGGAAAAUGAUCAAGAGUCUUAUCGGAGAACUAUCAGAAGAAGCUCUCGAUGGUUACCUUCCCCAAUCAGCAACGGAUGAGAAGCUUGAUAAAAUUGACGACCUAAGUCGAGAAUUGCCGAGUUCAUUGCCUUUUCAACAAUCGCGAGUCGAUCAGAGUGAACUCAUUCGAGACAACACGAUCGGCGUCCAAACUCAAGAUAUUGUGAUGCAAGCUCCGGGGAAAAGAGAGCAGGAUACCUGUGACCAAACCGGGAUGGCUGUCCGUGCUGCGUUCCAUACAGUUCUUGGCACCAAAUCCCUAGAGAACAACAGCAAUUUCUUUUCUAUGGGCGGUGACUCAAUUUCUGUCAUCAAACUCCGUUCAGCCUUUACAAAAGCCGGACUCAAGUGUAAGGUGAAAGACAUCUACCAAAAUCCAACAAUUGGCGCCCUCACUCUAUUCUUUGGCGGGACGAUAUCACAAGAAUCGCCUAAUGGGAUUGACGCUACAGGGAGAUCCGCUUCGAGUAGCACUGUAGCACAGGUCCCUACAGAACGGCCGCUUAUUACAACACCAGCACCAACAACCGAGACUAGGAUACAAGGCGCUUUUAAGGAAAUCCUCGGAGAUCGGCAGUUCCCCAUGGAUGCCAGUUUUUUCUCAAUGGGCGGUGACUCUAUAUCUGUUAUUAGGCUUCGAUCAGUCCUCACAAAGGCUGGAUUUACGCUUAAAGUAAAAGAUAUUUAUCAGAACCCUACCAUCACGGCGCUCGCAGAUUUUUUAGACCCAAGCAGGUUUACCAGGAAUAGUACAGACAACGGCAGUAUGUUGCAGAGCUCUGUACAGUCAUUGCCAAAGACAAAGAGUCAGAUGGUCAGCAACCUUGUCCCUCCCACGCCAAUCAUUGAUUGGUUCUUUGCUUCCCAGAGAGCUAAUGAAAAUUGGUUCAAUCAAGGUCACAUCAUUAAGCUGAACAAGAAGCACACAUACGAGGACUUCCAGAGGGCUUGGUCUAAUAUCGUCGAAGCCCACCCGAUGUUACGUUUAGUGGUGUCGAAAAGUGCCACCCAUGAACAUGGAAAAUUCAUCGGUAUACCCAAUGAUAGCACCAAUCAUACCUUUUUCCUGAGAAAGCGUUUAUCGUCUAUGGAGGAGCUUCCUGAAGAGUUUUCGAAGCUACAGUCGUGCCUAAAUCUCUCCAGCGGGCGGAUUUGCGCCGUUGGCGGGUUUCAAAUAGGUGACGAACUCUACUGUGCGAUAUUUGCUCACCAUUUGGCCGUGGACGUGGUUUCUUGGCACGUCAUUUGGAGCGACCUAGAGGAUCUACUUCAGGGGGACUCCAUUGAACCGGAGUUCUCAUCCUUCCCUGAGUGGGCUGAAUAUUUGUCCAAGAAGCGUCAAAUCGCUGGGCAGAUUCCAGCUCAAAUUCACGCCCGCGAAUAUAACUCCUUCCUUACCACGGAACAGAUGAAGCGUCUUCCAGAAAAUACAGAAGCAUCAGGCAGCUUUAUGAAUGUCAAAGUAGAUGUCUCUACUCUCGACCUGAGACGUGAAGAUACAGAGCCCGUUGACAUGAUGCUUGCCGGCCUAGUUCUAGCGCUUAGCACCUGGCAGAGACGGAGACCUCCGAUGAAUCAGGUUGAGCUUCACUUUGAAUCACACGGUCGCGACUUGGAGCUGGAGGAGCUUGACCUAACCAGGACGGUUGGGUGGUUUACUCGCAUCAUUCCUAUUGCAUUCAAUGUACCAUUACAAGGAUCUGUGAACGACUUUACUACCAUGGUCCAGCAGACGCGAAAACAUGCAAUGUCCAGCGUCAAUCUUGCUUCAGCAAUUGAAACAGCUCCUGUAGAUGGAAUGGUUACGUUCAACUAUCUGGGGCAGAGAGCGCGAACAUCGUCCUACACCUCCUUUGAGAAUGUAGAGAUGGAUCUCGGCAUGUACCAAUCACCCACAAAUCAACGGUUUUCCAUCUUGGACAUUGAAUGCAGUUUGACUCAUGAGGGUCAGCUGGACAUUGGCGUUUUUUACAGCACUGCAAUUCACACUGCCAAUGAGAUACGCCAGCUGCUGGAUUCUUGGUCCUACUGCAUACGCAGCGUGGCUGAUGAAUCACAGGUUGAUAUUGCCGGUGUGCAGAGAAUCGCCGUAGGUCGUGGCACUUCCGGGCCGCCUACUGAGAGUCUUGGGACGCCUAUUGAUCAUAGCACCUACAGCAUUCCUGAGUGCAUGCAAGAUCAAAAAGACGCUAUUGAAGAAAGCAUUGUAGCAUGGAAGCUCAACAUCCAAGACAUCGAAAAAAUGGCGCCUGCCACUGAUGGACAGGCGGCGAUGCUUCUAGCCAGCCUUGGAUCUCGGUCAUACAUGCAUUCAUAUAACUAUGAGGCGAGUGACACAAAUACUGACAUUCAACGAGUACAACAUGCUUGGGAUGCAACCUACAAUGAGAAAAGUCAUCAUAGCGACAUACAGUUGGUGCAAGUCAUUCUCAAAGCAACCGCGCUGCCUACUCCUCUCCUAUGCAGACUUCGCAUCCACAAAUCCCCAACCACGGAGAAAGUUAUCUUGUUAGAUGAGGUUCGCAGUGUCUAUAAUGGUCAGGCACUGGCGCCCCAAAUUACUCAAUUCAGCGACAUCGUCGUAUCCAGGUAUGAGAAGGCACGCCAGGAUCCAACAAGCAACGACUUCUGGCAAUCACAGAUGCGUGAUAUUGAACCAAGCAUUCUGGUUAAUCCAUUGAGAGCGGACCAGGUGCCAACGGAGAUGCAAAAGGCGAUCCACGAAACUCUUAUUGACCGCCACCAGCAAUUCUGUUUCCCUGUAAGCCCCAAACACUUCAAACAUGCUGCCCACUACAAUCAUACGACAAUUCCGAUUCUGUUCCACGCUGCCUGGGCCCUCACUCUAUCCACUUAUCUAUCUACUCGAGACGUUGUGCUUGGUAGUGUCGUCUCUGGCCGUCGUGGAGAAGACAUUGAGCGCAUACAAAACGUAGUAGGACCAUGCCUCAACACUGUCCCGCUGCGAGUGUGCGUUGACUGGAACCAAAACAUGUGUCAAUUUAUCGAACACGUUACAGAUAUCUUCUUGGACAUGGCCGAGCACGAAGAUUUGCUUUCCUUAAAGCAGAUUCAAGGCCUCUCUGGAAAGAAAACUCUCUUCAACUCAACACUGAUUACCAACACGCCACUCAAAUCAGAAAACAUCGUUCAGUCUGGAUUUCAUCUCACCCUCAAAGACAUGGAUGAGGUGACUGAUGUUCCUGUGCUCCUGAAUAUGUCUUGUGAGGAAAGUACUAUAGUAGUCGAUGCGCGUGUGCAUGGAGAAGACAUUGAUGAAGAACAACUCUGUCGUAUGAUGGGGACGCUGGGCAUUGUGCUCCAGUAUGUUGCAGAUGCCAGGCGCGAUACUACCCGACCGCUUCAAAGCAUGGACUUGCUCGAAACCACUCAUCAUCGUCUACUUCAUAGCCGUGUGAGCAGAUCUCCAGAUCAAUCAGCUGUGGAAUUAUACCGAAAGAAGGGACAGAAACCGGUCGUCAUGACUUACAAAGCUUUGUCAACCAUCGUCGAGCUAGGUGCUAAGAGACUCCGAGCUGGAGCUAACCUAGAGCCAAAAUCGCGGGUUGCAAUCUUUCUGGAUAAAUCCACUGAACUCAUUUGCGCUAUACAUGCCAUACACCGAGCGGAUUGUGCCUAUGUGGCACUGGACAUAGACAACCCACAGGCUCGUACUAAACUGCUACUUGAGCAGAUUAGCCCAUCUGCCAUUAUCUGCUCAAAGGGUACUCUAAAGUUGCUCCCACAAACAUUCUUGGGGAAUGACAAAUGCCCCUUCAUAGUAGCUGAACAACUCUUCAACCCAGCUACGCAAUCUUCAAACGACAGCUACUACCUGCCUCCAUCCACGGCCACUUCAGAUGAUGUUGCAGCCAUUCUUUUCACAAGUGGAACUACGGGGACCCCCAAGGCUGUGAUAAUGCCACACCGUCAAGUUGUUGGUUAUGGUAUAAUGAUGGCAGAAGCCAUUGGAUAUGGCAGUGACGAUCGAGUGUUCAAUUUUGCGCGUCUCGUCUUUGAUGUCUCGCAAAGUGACAUAUUCGGAGCCAUCUAUUCUGGUGCUACACUGGUUCUCGCUCCUCAAACAGAGACAGUAUCAAGGCUUCCAGCGCUGCUAAGAGAAUCGGGUACCACAAGCCUGAACACAACGCCUUCUAUUGCUUCUCUCCUAUACCCAGAUAGCCUUCCUCGCAUUCGAUCUCUCUGCCUAGCAGGUGAGAUGGCUACAAAGGCUGUGUAUGAGAGAUGGACACCAUAUGUCAGAGUCAUCAACGCGUACGGACGCCCAAGUAUUGGAAUACAAAUACACAUCUUGGAUGACCACAUGCGCCGUGUUCCCAUGGGUAGUAUUGGGACAAUUUGGUGCUCUGGAAGACAACUGUCAGAUGGUUAUUACGGUCGACCGGAAGAAACAACAAAGGCCUUCCGAGAGAACCCAUAUGGGCCUGGUCUCAUAUAUAACACAGGAGAUCUAGGAGCAUACGACUCUAAUGGGGAGAUAAUGUACCAUGCGCGGAAAGAUCGCCAGAUCAAGGUUAAUGGUCGCCGUCUGGAGCUUUCAGAAAUUGAGAGAACUCUUACAACUCGAAACCACAGCGUAGUGGUACUUCUACUGGAUUCAAAUCUUGUUGCUUUCUGCUGCAAACUGGAUUCAUCGAAUGAUGGGCUCACGGACCCAGAUGGUACAGCUGGAUGCGGGCUCAAUGACAACAUGGCUCAGACACUCGCAAGCACGGAAGCCCAAGCCCACCAGAUGCUACCAAGUUUCAUGAUUCCAAAGUGUUUUGUCCCUGUUUCGGCAAUACCGUUGACGGGUAACAGCAAGGUAGAUCAGCUUAAGCUGCAUGAAAUCUACAAACAAUGGAAAGCACAGCGCAGCAUUCCAGUUCAUGAUGCAACAGCUUUGACACUACGACCCACGGCCCAAGCACCGGAAAAGUCAACAUAUGAACAACAGGUGCUGCCUCAACAACAUGGGCGACCACAAGACAUUGACUGGUCGCUGCGCGAGGAUGAUUGGAGCGACUACUUGCUUCCGUACUUCAACCCCAAGGCACCAUUGGGCACGCAGCCGCGGCGCCAAAUCUUCGCGUUCUUCGCUAUUACUGGCACGUCGAAGCAGCACAGCAUCUUGGCGCCCUAUUUGCCUUCAUUCAACCUCAUUGGAGUUGAGAAUAUCUUCUUUCACCAACCCGAUUAUUACAAUUCAUUGCAGGCGAUGGCAGUAGAGCACUCUGCGCUCAUACGGCGGCAACAGCCCACCGGACCGUAUCUGCUGGCCGGCUUCUCAUUUGCAGGCCAGUUAGCGUAUGAAGUGGCCAAUGAGCUGCGCCAGUUAGGGGAGCACGAUGUUCGUGUGGUCCUGAUCGACUCAGCCGCCAGAGAGCGUGCUCCGACGAGGCCUGGUGGUGUAACCGAUGCCGAAUGCGAAAAGUUCUUCAAGGUGCCAACCACUCUCGAAGCUACAGCGGCUGGGCCCGAAGUCGUUGAGUAUCGUCAAGGCCUUCUUAACCAAAUCCGCCACAACAUAACCCUGCACAACGAAUACGUGCCACGCCCCUUCAACGGCAACGCACUCAUUAUUCCGCGCUUACCAAACCAAGGCGAGAGCUGGGAUGGUGACGAAACCAAUGGUUACGCAGAAUUCGUACCGCAGGCUCGUUUACAGGUACAGACCGUAAUAGCAGCUGACCAUUUUGCCGUCAUGGAGGAAGAGCAGUCUUUGCGCAAGGUUGGACAAUUUAUUGAGGAGUUUAUGGCUGGUUUUUAA